AGGGCAGCAGCCUCGGAGACGAGGAUGUGACGAACGUGUAAAUAACCUGCACAGGCGUACUGAUACCAUAAUUCUUGGUUAUUUCCUGCCUUAAUAAUGGCCUGUGGAUUUGGGAAGACCGGUGUCCUGUCGGUUGGAAGCAGCAGAAAGGAGUGAAGCCUGGCCUACGAAACAAUUGCUUUCUAUUAAUUAUUUUAUCUGAUACUUUCUUUUCUUCUUACAGAUGAUUUUCACGACUUAUAGUAAUUAUUCCCUGCUACGAGAUUGUUGUCCUGUCAUUGUUUUCACCUGGAUCAAGCAAUCCAAGUUUUGUAUGAAGGGGCCCAUCCGUGAACUGUAAAAUUUUAUAUAUGUUAAAGGAGGUGAUGAAAUUAGAAAAUAUCCUCUCCAGACAACAUUUUAAAGUAAAAAAAAACGAAGAUUAUCCUAAAAGUAUCGACAGAAGGAAUUCUUCUAAAUUCUUGGAGCUGGUAAAAAAUGCGUUAAAUAGUAAAUAUGAAAACGAAUUUCUGAUCAAAGGAAUUCAUGUUCCAACAAAAGUCUUAAGCCUUCAUAAACUGACCAAUAUCUCCAGUAAAUCCUUGAAUUCUUCUGAAAUUAAAAAUGUAAAAUAUCCUAAAAUACUUUCUUCCCUCAAAAUGCACGAAGUACAUAAAAUAUUUAACAGCAGGCAUGCUAAUCGACUCAAAAGAAAUAUUGAUGACAUGUCUGUGACCGACAGAAUUAUGGAAUAUGAAGAAGAAUCUAAUGAAAAUGAAGAACUUGCUUUAUCCCGUCAGCGUGACAAAUUCCAUGGAGAUGAUAACGACAAAUUUAUUACUUAUAAAAGCCCCAUUACUGGAAUAAAGUCUUUGAUUAAACGCAGAAUUCCUUACAAAACUCGUCAUGAAAGCAUGAGAAACAGAAAUUCUGAGUUAGAUAAUUUUAUUACUAAUUUUAAUUUUCAGCCUAAAAAUUUGCCUAAUUUACCUCUCCGAGGAAUAGAUGAAUUCCAAUCACGGAAAUCGAACUUUGGAGAAAGCUAUCCACCAGUAAAACGAGAAACCCAGGAACUUAAUACGGGACAUUUUACUUUAGGAUCAAGCUUUCAAAUUCGUACAAAAAAUUCAACGGAGCUGAAUAAAAAGUUUAAAAUCCUUCCAAAAACUUAUUUGAAUACUGUAUAUGCAAAAGAACUUGAUGUGAAUGCCAACAUUCUUCGUGGUCUUGAUAAAAUAAUUCGAAAACUAGAUAAUUUGUCAAGAGGCUCCUUUCACUCUGAAGCAAAACAGGUUGAAGAUUUAUUGAGAUACAUUGAGAGAAUGAGAAGUGAUCAAAAAGGUACCUCAGGAAAUAUUCCGCGCGAAGAUAAACCACUUCAUUCUCAUAAGAAAACAAAAGUAAAACCACAUUAUGAUAAAGAAUCACAUAAUGCACGCACAGCAGUUGAUGUGAAUGAAAAAGGGUCAGACCUGAAAACAAAUAUAAAAGUUUCACAGAAAAGAAUACAAAACAGAAAGAAGAAUCUUGAAGAAAUGCAGGUGGAACCUAUAGGAUUUCUGUUCCAAAAUAGCGCAGUGGGAAAACAAGCAAAAACUAAAGACGAUAUACAAAUGGAUGAUAUAAUAAGAGAUCUGGAACAAAGACCCCAAAUAAAAGAAAAUAAAUCCAAAGGAAAGGGGAUGAAUGAAGGAACAAUUGAACAGAAGAUAUCUGAGGACAAAAUUCACAAGGAAAAAGAAGAAAAUCUGUUUUCCACAUCUACGCCAAUAAAAAACGGGAAGAAAAAAAUCAUUCAAAGUUACGUAGAACAGGGACGCAAAACAGGUGAUGUUAAAAGUAAAUGGAAAGCUAAUAUAAAACACCUAGGAAAUUAUCAAAUAAGAAAUGAAAUGCAAGAUUUAUUUACGAAAGAAUGGGAUGUACUCAAUGCUGGAAAAAAGAAAAAUGGCGAUGAAGCAACAGAGCAAGACAGGGGAAUUGAGAAGAAAAUAACGAAUGCGGAAGAAAGACAGUUGAAAGACAAAUUUACUGGCUCAGAAAACAUUAUUUUAGGAAUAAGCAAUAAAAUGGAAAAAAGUCCAGAGGAUAAAAUAAAUGACAGAAGAAUUAAAUGGAAAGAAAAUGCAGAAAGUCCAGAACAGGAUCAAAUGGAAAACGAAAUGCAAGAUUUAUUUUCAAAAGAAGAAGAGAAACUUAACGUUGGAGAAAAGAAUGGUGAUGAAGCAACAGAGCAAGACAGGGGAAUUGAGAAAGAAAUAACGAAUGCAGAAGAUAGGCAGUUGGAAGACAAAUUUACUGGCUCAGAAAACAUUAUGUUUGGAAAUAGAAAUAAAAUGGAGAAUAAAAUAAAUAACAGAAGAAUUAAAUGGAAAGAAAAUGCAGAAGGUCCAGAAGAGGAUCAGAUGAAAAACGAAAUGCAAGAUUUAAUUUCUACAGAAGAAGAGGUACUUAAAGUUGGAGAAAAGGAAAGCGACGAAGCAACAGAACAGAAGGGAAUGAUGAAAGAAAUAUCGAAUACAGAGGAAACACUAAUGGAAGGUACAUCUAUUGGUUCAAAAAGGAUAAUGCUAGUAAAACCUAUCGAUUCUGCAGACAGACAAAUGGAAACUCCGUUAAAAAGCUUGGAAGGAAAUAGCCGAAAAGAAACACAUAACUACAAGCCAGAUGACUGGGUUAUACUUCAAAGCUAUAUAACAGAAACUUCAGCGUCCCGUAGUACUAUUACACAACAAAUGAAAGAAAAUGAUAGUUCUGAAAUUUUAGAUAUCCUAAAGGUGUUGAAGAAAAUCACAUUACUUAAAUCCAAUGAAUUCACUGAUGCAAUGGAAGAAAAAACUGAGAGAGGAAUUUUGAACAUGGAUCUUGGUAACACAGACCAAGGAAAAAGAUCUAAAGCAGCAAGUAGCAAAAUAUUUUCUAAAACUAAAUUACCUCUCGGCAGUUAUAAUAUAACUUUGCAAUCAACUGCAAAAAUAUUUCCAAUAACAGAAAAAUAUGUUGAGGAUUUUGUAUUAAGGGAUACCUAUAGGAACGCAGGAAAUCAAUCAACAAAUUUUGACGUAGGCCUUAGGUCUCUCAAUACGUUAACGAAGUACUUUGCUCUAUUUCUGAAUAAUACUGGAAUUAACACUGCUAAUCAAAAUGAUAGACAUCCCAAGGAACAAACUACAUAUUUACAGCUUUAUCCAUACUUUUGUAUAUUUCUUUCUAUAGUUGUUUUUGUUUUGUUCAUCGUCAUUUUCCUAUGUUGGUACAAGACCUGGACGAGAAAGAUCUAUGAAGCGAAGGAUCUGGAUGUGGUGCUAAAAGAAAAGUGUUCAGAAGAAAUAUCACAGCAGCAUAGUAGAAAAUCUGUAACUAAUAAUACAAAAGAUGAAAGUUCUAUAAAGACCGAAGAUAUCAAAGAUAGCUCUUUCGCUUCUCUAGAGGAACGCUUAGAAGAUGUUAGCACUCAGAUUAUGGACACAAAUAAAUCAAGAUCUCUAGAAGAUAUCAUUCAAGACGUAUGUACUAAAGCAGCCAACGACUUUGCUUUAACUAAAGAAGACACUGCCCGACUAAAGCAGAGAAUCAUAACUACUGAUAAAUGUGAACGUAUCGAUCAAAUGCUGACAACUAACGAAUUAGAAAGAGCCUUUUACCAGUCUAAAAGUCUGACCCUAUUGAAUGAAGAAUCCAGAAAUAAGCCCAUUAAAUCUCCGUUUAAAUCUUCAGUGGAUGAAGGAAACUUUGACAGUUCAUUAAUAACAAAAUUAGGCGCUGCUCCCAUUAGUAGUAGUGGCCAAAUUUCGCUUAUGAACAUGGCUGAUACAGCGACCACUAUUGCAACGAAGAACUCAGUUAAUGACAUUGCCCAAAAAUGACCACAGUUUCAAAAUUUCUAGUUAUUUAUAAAAUAAACAGAACUAUUUUUUAACCAAUUUUCAAAAUUUAUAAACAAUGCUUAAACUCGAAAUUAAAAGUACGUAUGUAUUUAACGAGAAUGUAUAAACAUUGGAAAUAUUUUGGAUCCCUGUUGCUAGACUAAUAAAAAUUAUCCUCAUUUA